UUCCUAACAGCUUUUCGGUAAAACCAAGAGCAAGCAAAUAACUGCUUGAGCAGGACAAUCCCCUUAAGACUUAUCUACAAGGCUUGAAACGAUCUCUUUACAUGCUCGCUAGGCCGCUUGUCUUGCAGCCCAACGCAGGCGCCUUGGGAUCGAAACGAUUGGCUAGAACUGUUUCGUUGGACUCAUGCUUCAGAAUGUCUAGCGAUGAGUUUCCCGACGUUCAGCUCAUCUCUGCUUACCCCGCUUCCUCAUUCAGCGGCUGAAAGCUGCUCUCCGUUUCGAACAUGGCCGCAGUCAGCAAGUAGCCCUCCAGUUACCAUGAUGACCCGCACCGUGGUCGGGGCUCAUCAUCCAGAUUGAGGUUUUAGCACGCUCAACACAAUGGAAAGACUCAUCCGAAGGUUGAGGCACCACAAAGCUUCGGGCGAUCCACCCGAAGAGCAUAAAAUUGUCGCAAGGGAACGCAUCACUAGCUCCCCAGACCCUCCAAAGGCCGACGCCGAUCUCAGGUCGUCCGGGAGUUCACCAGUUGCCUCUUUUCCGGACGGUGCGAAGGUCCUGCACGAUUGCGCCGACGCCGCUGUCGACAUUUGCUUUGUCCAUGGUCUUACCGGAGACCGGGAAAGUACAUGGACCGCUCAUGGGCAGUCGGUACCCUGGCCGGCAAUUCUCCUGCCGCCGAAGCUCAGUAAGGCCCGCAUAGUCACGUACGGCUACGAUGCAUACUUAGUGCGGAAGGGGGUUGCGGGGUCCAACCGGCUGAUUGACCAUGCUAUGAACCUUCUGCAUGAUUUAACGACUGACAGAGAUCUCAACAACGUAUCAACUCGUCCUCUCAUCUUUGUUGCCCAUAGCCUCGGCGGCCUUGUCUGCAAGAAGGCCAUUCUUCUCUCGCGAAACCACCCGGAACCCCAUAUUCGCGGUCUCUUCAAUUGCAUCAGAGGCAUCAUAUUCAUGAGCACCCCUCACAAAGGCUCUUGGAUGGCGAAUUGGUCAAGAAUCCCAGCAGCGGCAGUCGGCCUUGUCAAGUCCACCAACAAGUCGCUGCUGGAAAUCCUCGAGACAGACAAUCAACUCCUCGAAUCUAUCCAAGUCGAGUUCUUGUCAAUGGUACGAGCGCUACGGGAAGGUGGCACACCCUUCGAGGUUACCUGCUUCUAUGAGGAACUGCCUUUGUGUGGGGUCGGGGAUAAGGUUGUGUCCAAGGAAUCGGCGACCUUCGAAGGAUAUGACUGCUUCACUAUCCAUGCCAACCAUAGCGACAUGGUAAAGUUUGUUUCCGAGGAAGAGAACGGAUUCAAGAGGCUGCUUGGUGUGCUGGUCAGAUGGACGCUGCGGGCUACUGCGACCCAAGAGCUGCCGCGAACAUCGCCCCCGUCUACGGAGGGCAAUCGAGGGGCCCCACCUGCAAGCUAUCAUCAGACUGUUGACCCAAUCCCACCCGCAGCCGUGGCGGAGCGAACCAAGGGUUGCCUCACAUCACUAGCGUUCCCCCAUAUGCAGGAUCGUUUUCACGAUAUUGACAGCGCUGUCGCGGGGACAUGCGAGUGGUUGCUUCAACAUGAAACCUAUAAGACGUGGGCCGCUUGCGAUCACGGCUUGCUCUGGGUCAAGGGGAAACCAGGUACUGGAAAGUCAACAUUGGUUAAAUACGCUCUCGGUUCUCACAGAGGCACAAACAAUACCCUUGUCCUCUCAUUCUUUUUCCACGGCCGCGGCGAUGAACUCCAAAGGACACCCCUUGGCCUCUUCCGAUCACUCCUUCAUCAAAUCCUUGCACAAGCCCCUAACGCGCUCCAUGAUCUCGUCGAUAGGUUUGAGUCAAGACGCAACGAGAACGGCCGGCCGGGCAAAGACUGGAACUGGCGUGAAGCGGAACUGAAGCCAUUCCUAAUGUCGUCUCUUCUCAACACCUUAAAGGCCCGCCCAAUUUGGUUAUUUGUUGACGCCUUGGACGAAUGCGGCAAAGAUAACGCUGUCAGGCUCGUUGGCCUUUUCAAGACGAUGCUGAAGAGCGCCGUAUCCCAGCCUGACGGUGUUGGAAGACAGUUUCAUAUCUGUUUCUCUUGCCGUCACUAUCCGAUCCUGGAUGUGGACAAGAAUACGUUCGAAAUAUGCGUUGAAGAUGAAAACGAAAGAGACAUCAGGACGUUCGUCUAUGGCCAACUUGCUGCAUUCCGUACACAAACAUCGUCUAGAAUUCCAGCCUUGAUCAUGGAACGUGCCGCCGGCAUCUUUAUAUGGGCGGGUCUUGUCGUGGAGAAACUACUAGACCUCGAUCGCGAGGGGGCGGGGCUGAAGAAGAUGGAAGCAACAGUCCGCUCUGUGCCUCCUGACCUUGACGAACUAUACCGGCACCUCAUCAAGGACAUGGACUCGGCUUCUCUGAAACUGGUUCAACUGAUUUGCUUUGCCACCCGGCCUUUGUCAGUUGACGAACUUCAAUGGGCGAUGGUUAUCGACGCCGAUUGCCCGUACCAGUCAUUACAGGCAUGCCAAAGCUCAGAAGAUUACGUACCCGACAGCGACCGGAUGAAGAGACGAAUCCAAACCCUCAGUCGGGGUCUUGCCGAGAUCACCCAGACACAGGUUGUCCAAUUCAUCCACCAAUCCGUCAAGGACUUCUUUGUCAAGGAAGGGGUCUUAGCUUCGGAUGGAUGCCAGACAUCGACAGAGGCCGCAAUUAGAGCAAACCUCCGGCUCGCCAAGAUCUGUAUACGCUAUCUGGCGAUGGAGGAGAUCGGCCAGUCGAUAAUAUACAACACUCGGGAUUUUCCCUUCUUGGAUUACGCUGCAACCUCGUUGGCGGCACAUAUGAAGCAAUGCGAUGGUGAAGGGGUCCUUCAACAUGGUCUUCUGGCGUCGUUUGCUUGGCCGUCAAACGCUCUCGUCGAGCUUUGGACGCGUGUUCAGCAGGAAAUAUCUCAAUAUGGUCAGUCCUACCAUCGUCUACCACAAAGGGGUAACCUGGUGCACACUACGGCGGUGUAUGGGAUUACGGGGUUGUUGAAGGCCGUCCUAGAAGUUGGGGAUAAGACAAUCAUAGACAAACACAUCGACGAAAGGGAUAUGGACCUCCGGACGCCGCUGUCAUUGGCCGCUGCGAACGGGCACGAGGCCGUUGUCGAGCUCCUGACUGGCGCAGGCAAAGCCGAUGUUGAAGCAAAGGAUCGAUAUGGCCAGACGCCACUGUCAUGGGCCGCUGCGAAUGGGCACCCAUACCGUUGUUGAACUCUUAGUUGGCAAAGGCAAGGCCGAUGUUGAUUCAAAAGAUCGAUAUGGUCACACGCCGCUAUCAUGGGCCGCUGCGAACGGGCGCAAGACCGUUGUUGAAUUCCUAGUUGGCAAAGGCAACGCCGAUGUUGAAUCGAAGGAUGGAGAUGGCCGGACGCCGUUGUCAUUGGCUGCUACGAACGGGCACCAGACCGUUGUCGAGCUCCUAGUUGGCACAGGCAGAGCUGAUGUCCAAGCGAAGAAUAAAGAUAGCAAGACGCCGCUGUCAUUGGCAACUGCCGCUGGACAUAGGGCCGUCGUUGAGUUCCUAGUCGACACGGGCAGAGUAGAUGUCGAAGGGAAGGAUACCACUGGCGGGACGCCGCUACUAAGGGCCGCUGAAAACGGGCAUGAGGCCGUUGUUAAGUCCCUUGUUGUCAA